GUCUGAGCGAAUGCGCGGAGAGAAGCUUAAGCCCUAAUUUCCGUCUUCAGCGCUUCCGGAGCUCCGAGGUUGGCUCGGUUUCAUGGUGUGCUGGGAUCGUAUAGGUGUGUAGUUGUUUGGCGGUCCGGAGGUUUGAAUGAUUGGCAGCAACGACUGUCUUCCUGAGGUGGAUUUUUCCGGAGACAUUUCAUGAUUUUCAGAAUAAUUCGGAAUCGAGAGGCGGACGUUUUAAAUGGCGGGCGCGGUAGAGGCUGAGAAUGAUACGGCGAAGAGAAAAAAUCCUGAGCCGGUGACUAAUGGCGCAGCUCAAGCAACGGACGAAGAAGCCCCUGAAGCGAAGCGACGUAGUGUUAUUAGGUCGUGUAUUCACGAGGUUGCCCUUCCGCCAGGGUUUACGCCUUCUAAAGAUGAGAGCAUCCAUGGCACAAUCGACAAUCCUGUCUACACAGGUCCAAGAGCGAAGAGCUAUCCUUUUACACUCGACCCUUUUCAGGAGAUUUCAGUUGCUUGUUUGGAGCGAGAUGAAUCAGUAUUGGUGUCAGCUCAUACCUCUGCAGGAAAAACAGCUGUUGCUGAGUAUGCGAUUGCAAUGGCUUUUCGUGAUAAGCAAAGAGUUAUUUACACUUCUCCACUGAAAGCUCUGAGCAACCAGAAAUUCAGGGAGUUGAGCGAGGAAUUUACUGAUGUAGGCCUAAUGACAGGAGAUGUAACAAUCUCGCCAAAUGCUUCCUGCAUCGUUAUGACAACAGAAAUCCUCCGAGGAAUGCUCUACAAAGGUUCAGAAGUUUUGAGGGAGGUUGCAUGGGUUAUUUUUGAUGAGAUUCAUUACAUGCGUGAUCGAGAGCGAGGAGUCGUGUGGGAAGAGAGCAUUAUUUUUCUUCCUCCCGCUAUUAAAAUGGUUUUCCUCUCCGCCACAAUGUCUAAUGCCACAGAAUUCGCGGAAUGGAUAUGUUACUUGCACAAACAGCCAUGUCAUGUAGUAUAUACAGAUUUUCGUCCUACGCCCUUGCAGCAUUAUGCUUUUCCUAUGGGCGGUUCAGGUCUCUAUCUUGUUGUGGAUGAGAAAGGGGAUUUUAAAGAAGAAAAUUUUAAUAAACUAAAGGCGACCUUUGAGAGGAAAGAAGUUGGUGGAAAUGAAAUAGAUCCUCCCAGCACUCGUGGUGGCCGUGGAGGGCGUGGAGCACGAGGGCGUGGGGUUGGUGGAAGAGGUGGCAGAGGAGGAGACAAAGGAUCUGGCUCAAGUCAAGACAUCGGCAAAAUUGUUAAGAUGAUAAUGGAGAGGAAAUUUCAGCCAGUGAUUGUCUUCAGUUUCAGUCGGCGAGAAUGUGAACAAUAUGCAACCGCCAUGUCAAAGCUGGAUUUUAAUAAUGAUGAAGAGAAAGAGGCCGUCGAAGACAUCUUUAAGAAAGCUAUUGAGGUGCUUAGUGAGGAAGAUCGAAGUCUUCCGGCAAUCGAUCUUCUUUUGCCACUGUUGAAACGAGGCAUUGGUGUUCAUCAUUCUGGUCUUCUUCCUAUUCUCAAGGAGGUUGUUGAACUUAUGUUUCAGGAGGGCCUCUGCAAGGCAUUGUUUGCUACAGAAACUUUUGCUAUGGGAUUAAAUAUGCCAGCUAAGACAGUUGUGUUCACGAAUGUUCGCAAAUGGGAUGGGCAAAGCCAUCGAUGGAUGUCAUCGGGAGAAUACAUUCAGAUGAGUGGUCGAGCAGGACGACGAGGCAAGGAUUUGCGUGGAAUUUGUAUAAUCAUGAUAGACAGUCAGAUGGAAAUGAAAACAUGUCAAGAGAUGAUACAAGGGACUGCAGCUCCUUUAGUUAGCACAUUCCGUCUCAGUUACUACUCACUUCUUAAUCUCAUGAGUCGGGCUGAAGGACAGUUUAAUUCUGAGCAUGUGAUUCGUCAUUCAUUUCACCAGUUCCAGCAUGACAAGGCAUUGCCCAAGGUUGAAGAGAACAUAAAAACUCUGGAAGCUGAAGUCGCGAAAAUCGAUUCUGCGGGAGAGUCAUCGAUGGCAGAGUACCAUUCUUUAAGAUUAAAACUUGCUCAACUGGAAAAGAAAAUGAUGGCAGAGGUUCUGCGCCCUGAGCGUGUUCUGCUGUUCAUGAAACCUGGACGAUUGGUUAAAAUUAGGGAUGGAAGUGAUGAGUGGGGUUGGGGAGUGGUCGUACAUGUAGUGAAAAAACCUACAUCCAAUCAAGGAACAAUUUCUUCUGCGUUGGCAACCGAUCCAGCUAGUUCCUAUAUAGUAGAUAUUCUCCUGCACUGCGCGUCAGGAGUAAUUCAAGAAGGGAAACGGCCCAGACCGAGACCAUGUCCUCCAGGAGAAAAAGGGGAAAUGCAUGUGGUCCCAGUACGCAUGCCGCUGAUAUGUGCAAUAAGUACUCUAAGAGUUGCAGCUCCACGGGAUCUAAGGCCUCCAGAGGCUCGACAAAGUGUUCUAAUGGCUGUUCAGGAACUCGAACGUCGUUUUCCUGAUGGUUUUCCCAAGCUUGAUCCUGUUGAGGAUAUGGGCAUUGAUGAUGAAGACUUUCUGAAGAUUGUUAAGGAAAUUGAGGUGGAAGAAAAGAAGCUGGUCUCUCACCCUCUUUUCCAGUCAGAGAAAGAGGCAGAUUGUUUUGCUUCUUUUCAAAGGAAGGCGGAACUUAUGGUCGAGAUUGACGCGUUGAAACUUAGGAUGCGAGAAUCCCAGCUGCAAAAAUUUAGGGAAGAAUUGAAGAAUAGGUCAAGGGUAUUGAAACGACUUGGCCAUAUAAAUGGUGAUGGCGUGGUGCAAACAAAGGGUCGUGCAGCCUGUCUUAUAGAUACUGCCGAUGAGCUACUUGUAACCGAGCUUAUGUUCAAUGGUUUGUUUAAUGACAUAGAUCAUCAUCAAGUUGUUGCUAUAGCAAGCUGUUUUCUUCCAGUUGAGAAAUCGAAUGAACAAGUACGAUUGACGAAUGAGCUUGCACAUCCGCUAGAAAAGCUUAAGGAAACAGCUAAACAACUUGCUGAGAUUCAAAAAGAGUGCAAGCUGGAGAUUGAUGUUGAAGAAUAUGCGGAAUCAUUCAAGCCAUAUUUGAUGGAUGUCAUCUAUAGCUGGUCAAAGGGUUCCUCGUUCUCUGAAAUUUGUGAGAUGACCGACAUUUUUGAAGGUAGCAUCAUACGUGCUGCUCGCAGGCUUGACGAGUUCCUGAACCAGCUACGCAGUGCUGCCCAAGCAAUUGGAAAUCCAGACUUAGAAAAUAAAUUUGCGCUUGGAAGUGAAAGUAUACGACGCGGUAUUGUCUUCGCCAACUCACUCUACAUUUAAAGCCAUUGCCCUGAUUUUUUCGAAGUAACUCUGCUUCAGGGAGUCAAUGGGAAAGUGUACAUUAUAGAUGAGUUUGUUGGGUGCUUCUCCAUUUUCGCACCUUGUAUAUCAGGUCACAUCACUUCUCAUAGAAGACGCAGAAUAGUCAAUUUUGGAUACCCACAUGGUUUACUGCCCCUUUCCUGCACUCUGAACCGCAUUCUCAGUCUGAAAUUCUAUGUGGAAACGACGUAGGUCUUUCUCCUUUUAACAGCACCUUUGAACUCAGCUGUACACUACCGAAAAUGAUUAUCUCGUCUCCACUGCCUGUUUUUAUUCUUGAUAUGAAAUUAACAGAAGGCAGGGCUGUAAAACUCAGCUCCUCCCUGCACAAAGACGUCC